UGUGUGUGUGUAUGUGUGUGUAAUAAUUGACAGUUUUAUGAGAAAACUGGAGAUUUGCUGUCUUAUAUGCUACAUGUGAUGCGGCGCUGCCCUAUGUCAUAUGAAUUGUUAGUCUGUGCAGAGAAUAAUACAUAAUCUAUAGCCAAAAUAAUACUCAUGUCAGACACACACACAGUUAUAAUUGUGUGUGUGUGUCUAUAUUAACUGCGAGACAGAAGUGGAAGGGGUGCCUGCCCUGCUGUUCCCAUUUACAGACAUCACACACUUUUCACAUCCAUGAAGAACACGAAACAUGGUUCACGUGCAGAAAGUCGAGCAAACAAGUCCCAAAAAAAGUCAUAAUAGAAACGAGUCUGUCGGCGCGCAGUGAUCAAGCUUCGGUAAAUAAAUGUAAGAAGUGGUGUAAUUUACGAGGACGGAGUGAAUAUCGGCGGAUGCACAUACACAGUCGGCGCUGCUGUCAGAUUCCCCCUCCCGCCCCCACACACGCCACCCCCCCCCAUCCCCCCACCCAAGGCCGCCCACGGAGCAGAGCACUUCGGACCAAUGAGAUUCAUGUGCAGUCCAGGUCCCGAGUGGAAGGCCCACAAGGAGAAGCGCAGAGGCUGUGGAAGAGCAGCUCCUUCCUCGGCACGCGGGUUUUCUUUGCAGCGCGCGGCCGGACGAAGGAAGGGCGUUCGGACCCGCGUUAGUGCGACGAGACUCUGCAGGAGACCGAUGAGAGAAACAAGACGCGCGGAGCUCUUGCCGCUGCUGCUGAGACAAAAGUCGAGAGCGCAGGGAUGCUGCUUUAGGAGGUCUGUGCUGCGCUGCGCUGUGCUGUACUGUACUCGACCUUCUCAGAAAGUACACGAGGAGUGCGAUGUGCGGCCAGAAGUCGAAGCAGGCGGACGAACUCCGGCCGAUUUAUCUGCACACUCGGAAAAGAGCGACCCGCCGGUAACUGAACGUCGCGAAGGCAUCACCCUCCUCCGCUGAGCGAUCGCUGCCUGCGUGGGUCGAGCUCGUCCUUCGCACUCGUUCAAAUCCGCGUUGGAGCGCCGAUCAUCGCAGUGUUGUGCGACUCAUCUCGGGCGGUCGGGAGAGGGGGUGGGGGGCGGAAUCGGCGCGUUCUCCGCCGCGCUGCGCGCUCCCGGCGACUCUAUGCUCCUGCGGAAGCGCGCGCUCUGAAAUGGCAGCUCGUGCCGCUCCGACGCGCUGCUGCCCGCGCCUCUUCUGGCCGCUCGGAUGCGCGCUCGUGCUUCUGGGCUGCGUCUCUGGCGCGUCUCCGUCCCACGGCCGCCGCCUGGUCUGCUGGCAGGCCAUCAUGAAGUGCCACGGAGAGCCCGACUGCCACUACGCGUACGAGCAGUACGUGCACGCGUGCGCGCCCGUGCUGAACGGCGCCAGGAAGAAGUGCCCGAGUCACUGCAUCUCGUCCCUGGUACAGCUCAACCUGACGGCGAACGGGCCGGCCCUGGAGGACUGCGACUGCGCGUCCGAUCGCUUGUGUCGGGACACGAAGCGCGCCAUCGAGCCGUGCCUGCCGCGGACGCGCAGCACGGGCUGCACGGACGCGCGGCGCCAGUGCGAGACGGACGCGCGCUGCGGCGGCGCCAUGCGCGACUACCUGCUGCACUGCGGGAAGCUCUUCAGCGGCGUGCGCUGCACGGACGCGUGUCGCGACGUGAUCGCCAAUAUGCGCAAGAUCCCCAAAGCGGAGCUGCUGGACACGUGCGUGUGCGACGGCAGUGAGCGGACCAUCUGCGAGUUUGUCAAAGUCAGCAUGAAGACGCUGUGCUUCGACGCGCGGGACGAGUACACGGGGAGCGGGUUCUCCCACCUGGAGGACGACUCCGAAGAGGGAGAUGUACCCGAAGACCCCUGGGAUGAGGACAGCGCGGGUGCUCCCUCCAGACCCCCGCACGCCCUGACUGCACUGGCACUCAUUUUGGCCAUGCUGUCUCAUCUUUAAAAGGCGGGGGUCACCGGCGUGUGCCUGAACCUUCAUGCCUGGGAUUCCGCUCUUAUCAGGAGUCGGGAGGGAGAGUUAAGCAUUGGGUUGGGAGGAUGUGCCUAAAAAUGACCCUAAAGAGCGUGGAUGUAACUCGCAAUACAUGAUUCGUUUCCAUCCGUCAUCAAUAGCUGCUUGUCCAGGGUAGGGCCCUGUGGUCCAGAGUCCGUCCUGCAAGCAUAGGGCUCGGCUCCAGACCGUCACAGGGCAUUUGCACACUCAUCACACACACACUAAGGGCACGCGUCCGGACUGGGGGACCAAACCGGGGCACCUGGAGCAAACCCAUGCAAACAUGGGAAGAACGCGCAAACUCCACACGGAGCCGGAUUCAAACCAGUGUCCACACCCGCAGCCCAGAACUACCUGCUGCCCCCACCGUGACACCAGCUCACAGUACGCUUGGGUUCCCCACUGGCUUUUGCAUCCAAGGUCAUGUUUCCCACUGCGUGUGGGUUUCCUAUGCAAUGCACCCCGAUGAGUUGCACACAGGGAGAUUUACCCCUUUUGGUCCCUGGCUUUCAGGUUGUUGUUCUUUGUUUUUUUUUUGUUUCUCUUUGUCUUUUUAAGAGUGAUGCUCUGAAUGUACAGUGUCUGUUCACCGUAUCUUCCGUCAAUACCGAAAUGAGUUUUUUUGCCGUGCCUCACAAGCUUUGCCUCGGAAAGCUUGACUCAGCUUACUGUAACCCCACUGUGAGAAGUGUGACUCUUCUGCUCACUGUAUGCUUCAUUUUGUCCUUGAAACCGAAAAAAAAAAAAAUGCAAAAAGUGCACUAG